GCUAUUUUAUGUUCCACCCGCGGUAGCUUUGGAACGUGGCAAAGCAAAAACAAUUUAAAAUUGAAAAAUAUUUUUUUAAUAUCAAGAUAACUUUUUUGUAGCAAUUUGAAAUGGUUCAAAAUGAGCUGCUUCAGAAAGCAGAAGAUGUAGCAGAUCAAGUUCUUAGGCAUUCUAAACAUAUUUUACCACAUUUAGCCAGAUUUUGUCUUGUAUCAACAUUUUUUGAAGAUGGUAUUCGUAUGUGGUUUCAAUGGUAUGAGCAACGAGAGUACAUUGAUCACCAAUGGAACUGUGGAUGGUUUUUGAGCAUGUCCUUUGUUGUUAUUAAUUUUUUCGGGCAAUUGAUUGGGUGCUUUAUGAUUCUUACAAGAAAAAAGGUUGAAAUUGCUGUAGGUCUACUUUUUGGAAUAAUUAUUUUACAGACAAUAGCAUAUCAAGUUUUUACUGAUGUCAAAUUUUUCAUGAGGAGUUUAGCUUUAUCAGGUGGACUUCUAUUGCUACUUGCUGAAUGUCGUCAGGAUGCUAAAAGUGUGUUUGCUGGUGUUCCCAGUUUGGAUAAUCACAAUAAACCGAAAACCUACAUGCAGCUUACUGGGCGUGUGCUUCUUUUACUCAUGUUUCUCACACUUCUAAAAUUUGAUAUGGGAUUUUUUCACAUCUGCUUUAAUUUGGUUGGUACCAUUCUAAUUAUGCUGGUCACUGUAGGCUACAAAACAAAGUUAUCUGCUCUCGUGAUGAUUACUUUCUUAAUGCUCUUAAAUGUGUAUGAAAAUGCAUUUUGGAGGGUGCCAGAAUGGAAAGCCAUGCGGGACUUUUUAAAAUACGAUUUUUUCCAAACCAUGUCUGUGGUUGGUGGCCUACUAUUAGUUGUCGCUUUUGGACCUGGUGGUGCAAGUCUUGAUGAACAGAAGAAGAAAUGGUAAAUUUAGAAAGAAAAUGUCACUUUUUGGGGAAGCGUCGAGAGAAAUUUAGGUUGAUUUUUUUUCUGAUAUAAAAUUAUUAUUCAACGAGUUUAUGUAUGUUUUUUAAUUUAAAGCGUUAAAAAACCACGAA